GUUACAGGAGUACAGCCCUACGAGCAUCAAUUCAAGAAUUAAUAAAAAAAUUAUUAUUAUUAAUAAUAAAGUUUCGAGAUCCCACGCUUCUAAUUCAAAUAGGGAUUUUGAUUGACCAAUAUUUAUCUAAACGGUGAAGGAGGUUUUUCGAAAUUUUGAAUAAUAAAAAAUAAAAAUAUGUAUAUAUAUUUAAUGGCUGAACCGCCAGAUUGAACCGACUGUUCACGGUUUGGCGAAAUCACGAACCGAAAUCGAACAGUCGGAAUGGAAUGACGGUUCGUUUGUUCUUCCUCUUCCGUCUUCUCCAUUUCAGCUGCUGUGCUUCCACAUGCCCUGCUCAUUCCGUCGCCUCCUUGUUUGACAUAGAAAUGGAUCGUAUUGAAGAAACUUUGGAGCUGGUUACAAGGAACCGAGUAGCAUGGUUUGCAACAUCCCUAGAAUUGAUCGACCAAAUGUGCCAGCAAAUUUGGACUACAAUUGCACAGUUACAAGUAAUCGAAGAAUCUGAACCUUCUUCGCAUCUUACUUCAGUUCUAGAAAAACUUGAAUACAAGCUUCUGGACAUGCGUCGUGGAACAGGAUUGCCGCUGGAACAUGAGACCUGUAGCGACAACCACCAAGAGAUCCUUGAGGAAACACUGGUUCCUAACAUGGAUAAGGCAUACCGGUGGCUUUAUUGGGAUCCCUCCAUUCUAAAUCAGAUAAUCCUCAAACAUUUCUUCUGGGAAGGCAUGUCUGAUGUUGCUGACUGCUUUAUGACAGAAGCCAACGAACCUGGUGCCGUUCCCCUGCAGUGGAUACUUGAAGUUGAAGAGAAGCACAAUAUACUGAAGGCUUUGGAGUUGAGGGAUAUCGGGCCUGCUCUCAAUUGGAUCUUGAGAAACAAGGAUUCUCUGAAGGAUUCUGUCUCUGGUCUUGAGCUCAAGCUUCACAAGAUGAAAUAUAUUGACAUGUUGGAGAAUGGAAACAGUUUAGAUGCACUUCAGUAUGCCCAAACUAACAUUUCUCCCCUGGUUUCCGAGGAUGAAAUGCAAAUACUCUCUAAUUGCCUCCCCUGGGACGAAAGGCGAAAUGCAUCCCCUUACAGUGAUCUUGUGGAUACAAUCAAUUUGCAGGAGUUGGCUGAUGAGUUUGUGAGGGUGUUCUGUAAAUGUACAGAGCAUUCUCAAAUGGAGCAUCUGACCACUGUCAUUACUGCUGGGGCGGAAGCACUGCCCUGUCUCUUAGAAUCAGCUAACAAUCCAGAACCUGUAAGAAAUGAAGAAGCAGUCAAUAGUCCGGUGGGGCCACCAUUAGAGGAUCCAUUGCCAGUACGUGAUGAAUAUCGGUUUCACUCGAUUUUCCGUUGCGAAGUCUGUUUGCAACCCUGUUUUGAUGCAAAUCAGCCGAUGCUGAUACCAUGCAACCAUGUGUGGUGCGCAAAGUGUAUCCUUGCAUACACUGGUUACAUCAAUCAAAUUCCUGUUGGAUCUGAAAUGGUAAGGUGCCCCUUCUGCAGGCUUGAGUUCCCACUCUCACAUUGCAGGCAACUUCGCUUCUGAUAUUCGAUGCAAGGAUGGAUUUGAGAGAGGUUCUUUGUUUCACCACUCUUGAAUUUUUCAUUCGGUAAAUAGCUAAUAUCCCUGAAAUAAUAAUAAUAAUAAUGUAGAGUAUCAGCACUGCACUUUAUAUGUGGUUCUUCUUUGGUAAAGGGUGUUGAGCUCUAAACAGUUUUCUACUUCCAUAUGCAAUCUAACUACUUCAUUUUA